CUUAUUGCAGUACACGGCCAUUGGAUCGAAUAAUUGAUUCUGGUUCUCUCCUCUCAUCUCUUUCUCUUCCUCUCCGCUCGUCUGGGUUACCUUGCAGUAAUACACUAAUAUUAACUUGAUUCAAAAAAGGCAUCAACAGCUGCCAUGGUAAACAGUGAGCAUCCAACACGUCUUGAGGGAAAAUAUGCUGCAAUAGUUGUGUGCUGGCUUCUUGGCAAUGGAUGUCUUUUCUCAUGGAACAGUAUGCUGACAAUAGAAGAUUACUACGUUUACUUGUUUCCGAAAUAUCACCCCCCUAGGGUGCUUACUCUAGUAUAUCAGCCAUUUGCAGUUGGAACACUUGCAAUACUGGCUUAUAAUGAAGCAAAAAUCAAUACACGAUUACGGAACCUAUUUGGAUAUACUCUUUUCUUCAUAAGCACUUUGUUGGUGUUAAUUGUGAAUGCAGCAACAUCUGGUAAAGGGGGACUUGGAACUUUCAUUGGUAUAUGUGCAAUUAGUGGUGCUUUUGGAGUUGCUGAUGCUCAUGUUCAAGGUGGAAUGGUGGGAGACCUGUCCUUCAUGAGUUCAGAAUUCAUUCAGUCUUUCCUUGCUGGUUUGGCAGCAUCCGGUGCAUUAACCUCUGCUUUGAGGUUAAUUACAAAAGCAGCAUUUGAGAAUUCUAAGGAUGGUCUUCGCAAAGGAGCCAUUCUGUUCUUUGCCAUAUCAACAUUCUUUGAGCUUCUUUGUGUUCUUCUCUAUGCAUUUGUUUUUCCUAAACUACCAAUUGUGAAGUACUACCGUUCAAAAGCAGCAUCAGAAGGAUCUAAAACCGUUUCAGCUGACCUUGCAGCUGGUGGCAUCCAGACUUUACCUGGAGGAGGUGAGGAAUAUGCAAAAGAACAAGAGAGGAAGGGAAUCAAGCAAUUGUUAUUGGAAAACAUUGAUUAUGCACUUGAUAUGUUCCUAAUAUAUGUGCUGACACUAUCUAUUUUCCCUGGAUUCCUGUCAGAAGAUACUGGAUCACAUAGUUUAGGCACCUGGUAUGCACUUGUUUUAAUUGCAAUGUAUAAUGUGUGGGAUCUAAUAGGAAGAUACAUUCCCCUCUUGAAAUUCUUGAAGUUGGAGUCCCGAAAGUUGAUAAUGAUAGCAAUUCUUUGUCGAUACUUACUUGUUCCAGCAUUUUAUUUCACUGCAAAUUAUGGUGACCAAGGCUGGAUGAUAAUGUUGACAUCCUUCUUGGGGUUAUCCAAUGGUUACCUCACUGUGUGUGUACUCACAUCUGCACCCAAAGGUUACAAGGGUCCAGAACAAAAUGCCUUGGGAAACCUGUUGGUGUUGUUUCUACUUGGAGGUAUAUUUGCAGGGGUGACACUUGACUGGCUGUGGUUAAUAGGUAAAGGGUGGUGAGAUCUCAAUCAUGCCAAACUAGAGAAUGGUUCUGAUGUGGGGACUUGUAAAAAAUUUUUUACCAUUGUUUAUAGUUUAUUGCGUGUUCUUUUGCUAAAUAAAAAAAUAAUGAAUUGGUUAAUUUUGGUGUUUCAUUCAUAUUAAAUUCGUAAUCUAAUAUUAGAUA